AUGAAUGACCUGUUUUCAGGUUCCUUCAGAAAAUACAGCAGUGACCUGAAGGAGGAAAGGCAGGUUGAUGAUGUGGAGGCUGGAAGGGAAAGCCUAAAUCUGGAGAAAUUCUUUGAAGAAGUGGAGGGUGUAAAAGAUGAGAUGAAAGUGGUUGAGAGCCUCUGCAGAAAAUUGCAAGAAGCCAAUGAAGAAAGCAAAACCAUUCAUGAUGCCAAAACCGUUAAGGAUCUUCGAGCUCGGAUGGACAAAGAUGUUGUGCAGGUCCUCAAGCAUGUUAAGAUCAUCAAAACCAAGCUUGAAUCUCUACAGCGUUCCAAUGCAGCGAAUCGAAACGUUCCUGGCUGUGGUCCUGGUUCUUCUGCAGACAGAACCAGGACUUCAGUGGUUAGUGGAUUAGGGAAGAAGCUAAAGGACAUGAUGGACGAUUUUCAAGGCUUGAGAGCAAAGAUGCAACAUGAGUACAAGGAAACCAUUGAACGCAGGUACUUCACAAUCACAGGGGAGAAGGCAGAUGAAGAGACCAUAGAGAAUUUGAUAUCAAGUGGAGAGAGUGAAAAUUUGGUACAGAAAGCGAUUCGAGAACAAGGAAGGGGUCAGAUAAUGGACACCAUAUCAGAAAUUCAAGAAAGGCAUGAUGCUGUAAAGGAAAUUGAGAAGAAUUUGAUAGAGUUGCAUCAGGUGUUCAUGGACAUGGCAGCAUUGGUAGAGUCUCAGGGGGAACAGCUUAAUAACAUAGAGAGUCAUGUAGCGCAUGCAAGCUCAUUCGUUACUCGCGGUGUUUCUCAGCUUCAAGAAGCUAGAGAUUAUCAAACCAACUCUAGGAAGUGGUAUUGCUAUGCCAUCAUUCUUGCUAUUCUCCUCAUCCUUUUACUCUUGGCUCCUCUCUUGUUAAAUCUUUUACCACAUUUCAGAAGAAGGUGA